ACAAACGCAAAUCUAUUUUACGGCCGACGUGGUGGUUAGGAUUGCCUGACCGCUGCGUUGAGCCCAGCUUGCGUGACGGCGUCACGUGGGCUGACACCUCUGAUCUCUGAUCUGCAACCAAAGUGAAUACGUCUCUUCUUCUGUCGGUCCUGCUUUCGUAGGCCAUGAACUUCUGUCAGUACCAUACUAUCGCUCGUUUUUUAUUUUUUGUCGUGCAAAUUCCUCCGGAAAUAAAAACUCUUUCGUUUGUCGUACCAUGGAGACGAUCCAUCAGCAUCAACUCACGGCGACAUCUCCGCACCACAGUGAAUGAAUUGAUUGAGUACGCCAGGUGCACUUCAGAAAGUCAAGGUAACGGCGCAUUCCCAUGCUGCUAUGCCACUUUAUUCCCAUUUUGGUUUUAUGGUCGCGAAGGUAGACGCUCAUACCCUGAGCGCUGGCCUCGUUUGUGUCCUCUCACCUUGACAAGCACAAGCACUACAUCAAUAAUCCUAAUCCUAUUUGAGUACGUCAACAGCAACUUCCAGCACCAGCACCAAUUAGUUUAAAGCUAAUCGCAAACUACACAAUUACCCCCAAAACAAUGUCGGAAGAGUUUCUCCCAUUUCCCGAGGGCCGCCGGCGCGCUUUUCGCUUCAACUACCACCCACCACCGCGACCGCGGAAAGGACCCCCACCGGUUAAAGCGAAACAACUACCGCCCGUGUUGUUUUCAAAAGACGCUAAUACAGCUAGUAAAAGCUCCGUGGUUUCAGGCAGCGAAUCCUCCGUAGUUUUGAUGCAACGGGGCGAGAAGAUCGUCGCUAGCGAUACUGGCGCAGUUUCGGACGCAACUAUACCAGAUGACGAGGUGGUGAAAUUCGCGCAUCAGACGAGAAAACCGCAGAAUUACGACCAUCAGGGGUUGUUUGAGGCGUUGGCUUUUACCGACAGCGACGGUGAUGAAGCCGAAUCGUCUGCCGCGUCGAUCUCCCCACUCAACGCCACAAUAGCUCCCUUCAAAGAAGAACCCGGUCAAGGACACGGUUCUCUGCUGUCAAAAAACGCUGACGCUCUCUCAGAUAUAACCCACCCGGAGGGCGAGGCGGUGAGUGUUAUGCACGGGGUGAAAAAGGAGUAUUAUGACCAGAUAGCGCAGUUCAACGAGCUCGAGAAGGAAAAGAAGCUAACGCUGUCGAAGAGUUUUUUACCGAGUAGUCAUCCGAAGUAUUUGCAUGACUCUCUCGUGGAGAUCGGGAUUACGGAGGGGGAAGAUGUUGGUCCUCUUCACGAAGGUGAUGGUGAUCAACAGGUAGCUCCCGCAGGGAACGACGAGGUUAUAACCCGCCUACAAGCGAGUCUCGCAAUAGAAACCGGUCCAGCAGGGGCAGUCGCAGUACAGCAAGACACGGCGAAAGCUUUAUCGGACGAGGAAGAUUUAAUCCACCCAGAUGAGAAGUUCCACAAGGGGGAGAUCGUGAACUACGAUGACAAAUCCGGAUUUGGCUUGCUGAAACACAUUGAUGUCAACAAACUGAUAAACCAUGAUUUGGUCGGACACGAGAGGAAGCCGGAAGACCACCAUCAUCAUCAUGAGGAGGAAUCAAAAUCCUUAGCCAUCGACGGUGAUCACCACGGGGCGAAAGUAGCGUAUUACCAGAAGGGGGCGGAUGGUGAUAUCGUGCAUGAAGGUGCUCCUGCUGGAGAUCAAGAUCAUGCAAGCCACGACGGGCUGCACGAUGAGGAUCUGCAGCUCCUCCAAUUCUCCAAGGUCGAGCUGACUACAGAUGAAAAUCAUUCCGUUUUCAUUUUGGAGAAAGGCACGCCAGUGGAGUACCGGGUAGAUAGUGACGAUAGAGUUUUGGAGGUGCGCGUGGCUCCGCAACUACAUCCAGAAGAAGAAACUGCAGGCAGCUCUAGUGCCUAUGAUGUCAAGGGCCUUCUCCCGCUAGCACGAAAACAGCCGAAACCCGAGGGCGAAGGUUUUUGGAGUUCGCUUUUCAAAAGCAAAAAGACCGCACCUUUGCAACAACCGAGAGCCGAGAAGGUGAAACAGGUGACCGAGAAGGUGAAACAGGUGAAAAACGAUAUUGUGAAAAAAACCUCCGCGAAAGUACAAGCCGCAAAAGUAAGUAGUCCACCACCUCCUGCAGGCGGUAACACUUCUAACAAGAAACCGAGAAGUACAACUUCUUCUACCAAGACAAAGAGGAGCACAAGCAGUACGAGAACUCCCGGCAGCCGGUCUACUGAUGGGAGUGUACGAGAUGAGCCACAGUCUAUCGGGUUUUUCACCCACACCUCCUUCCACAGAGAAAACCCGAAGCACGCACAAGUCAUCAAUGUCUUCGAAAAGCUUUUAAACGAAUAUGAGAGUGCACAACUCCCCCUCCCCGUCAUUUGUCAUGCAAAAUCCCAAAUCCGGUUGCUGCACUGACUUGUGGCACUGUUUGCAUGACAAAACCUGGAAGCGCAAACAGCACUGCAUCCGUCGCAUGAACUUGUCAUGCACAGCAUACACGUGUGCUGGUGUUUGUAUUGCUGGCCAUGCCAUACAAAUGAGGGGGAGCAGGAGUUGUGCACUUCCAUACUGAAACCCACCGGAAAACGGAUUCCCAACACGAGUUAAUGUGGGAGUCGAAUCUGAAAAAGAAGCGGCAAACCGCGAAUUUGGCAGCGGCGAUCAAGGUGAAGGACGAGGUCAAGAAUGAGAUUAAGGAUAAACAAGGUCCCGCGGUACAAAAGUUGAAAAACGCAACAAAUGUGGUUCUCGCGAAUUUGAAAAAGGAGCAACAUCCCAGGUCGGUGAAGUUACAGGAAAACGUCCCAGAUUUCUACGUUGUGGACAAGGUUUACUGGUGCUAUUCCGAGAACCAGGUUGAGUUGUUUGAGGAUACGAGGGAAAAAAUCUGGGAACAGUUUGACUGGAUCUCUGACAAAAUGUACACGAAUGUCGAGAAAAAAACGCAGUUCGACACGAAUAAGGUGAUGACGGAGAAAGUCACUCCGGAUAAAAUCUGGCCCAGGGCGCUGCCGGAGGUUUUUGGAGAUAAUUCGAAUUCGAACAAUUACAAUUCAUAUUCAAGUAAUUACGUCGACGACCAUGUUUACCCGGUUUACAAAGAAUACAACGAAUGCUUCCUUUUCCACGGUACGAAGGAAAGAAACGCGUGGGAGAUCGCGCAGAAGGGGUUCAACUAUGAACUGCAAAAGCAACGUGCUACGUAUAAAUAGCAUCACAACUUCCCUCAGCAUCACAAAUGGGAUUCGUAAUGCUGUUUUACUUUAGGAAGACGAUUUGUCAUGCAUGUUUGCAAUUAGUACGAGUGCGAUGCUUUUGAAGUUCAUAUCAACCUACCAGAAGCGAGUGAGAAAUCGAAGCACGGGUCUCGGUUUGGAAAGGCGAUUUACCUAGCAGAAGCGAGUUCGAAAGCGGACAGAUAUACGGCUGAGUUGGUUGAGUUGGAAUCCAUGGACAGAGUUAACAACUUCAAAUCCUUUACAGAGUCAGAAGACGGCGGCGGGAUGAACAUCAAAUCAAACACAACCACAAACUCCAACAGCCGCAAAACAAGUAUUGCUAAAACCGUUUCGGAAUACUACUACAACACCCAGCCCACCCGUGUGGACAAGCAACUUCUCACAGUGAACGAGAAAUCGCACUGUUCCGCCGGGGCCAGGCUGUACUUCCCCGAGCAAAUGAACGCGAUUACGAAGCCCCGCACGCAGCUGUUGUGCAGAAGUGCGCUGGGCAAGGUGUUUGUCAGCCACAAAAUGGCGUGUAAGGCGGAGGAUUUGGAAAAAAUUGACAAUAUGGCUUUUAACUGCAUCACAAAUUCCGAUGAGGCGGUGAAGGACGCAGCUGAUGCUGCCGAGAAAAGGGACAGUAAAAAUUCGACACCCCACUUCGAAAUCGAAGAAGGGGUCGCGGAGAAAAUGGGAAAGGCGGGUUUCAAUACAUUGAUGGCGGACAACAUCAGAUUGAAAUUCCGGGAAUUUGUCCUGUUCGAUCCAUCGCAAAUAUUACCGGAAUUUAUCAUCUACUAUCGCGCCGGUUACUACCAACGGCCGAGUGCGUGUUUGGAACCAGCGGCCGAAACGGAUCCGAAAUUAGUGGCGGAGGAGAUGAAGACACCAAGAGCUGCUGCAACACCGAGACCGUCUGACGAGCUAGCACCAAACGCGCUUCGGUUGAGUGGAAGGAGAAAAAGUGACGAACAAUUUACCCCGCCGGCGACGCCACAUUCGACACCCAGAACCGCCCCCUUUUACGCGCAUCACGGGCCGAUGGUCAGGUUGCCGCCAAGACUCGCGGCGCAGCAAUUAUACGGUAGUUCUUACGGGAAUCAAGGUGAGACUCCUUCCCCGGGGCCCCGGAAGUCUAACUUGCCAAUCGCCCCAACCACACCCAGGCGAGGUGGGAGUGGUGAGCAGGCUAUCACUCCAACAACACCGAGGCGGGGUGGGAGUGCGGGGCAGUCGGGCGCAAAUGGAGGUAGUUCAUCAGCUGCUGGUGGUGCAGCUGCUGUUCCGAAAUUGCAGUUGCCAUCGGCUCCUGGAGCAGCUACUACGUCAAAGGGAAGGGGAAAGCUAACUCGUAGCAACACGCUCGCCGGAGCUGCACCUCCACGCCCCUCGAUGGAGAAUCUACAGAAGAAGCGAUUGAGCGGGAGGAAAGGCGAUAUUUAUACGGAAAACUACAGCUACACAACCGUGUCCUCAGCUGGAUAUUAUCAUCCUUCUGGCGACGGUGGCGGUGGUGCGACAGGAGCCGCUGCCAGAAUAUCUUCGUAUGGAAAAGGAGGAGAAGGCGAUAGCUCCGGCUGGCAGUAUCGCGAUUCCUGGAUGGCAACGCACAAUGACAUGGCUUGGGGUGCAGCGCACAAUGAUGGUUGGGGCAUGCGCGGAUCGGGGUUCCACGGACAGGGGGCGUGGUGAAAGUAGUGCACCCUCAAGGUGACAAGGAAUCAGCGUUUUACAAGAACAAUUGGAGAAGUCUUACACUAUACAUUUUUUUACAUCAUUAUCAUUUGCCUAGGGAUGAAGUUCUGUGGAGAUUGGAAGGACUCCAGAAGAACGAUGUUUUGCCCUUGUCACGAUAUUCUCUUUAGACACUGUGUACUUUUGUCAUUGUGUGAAAUAGAAAU